AGGGGGCGCGGGCCGGAGCGCAGCGCAGCGCCGCGGGGACCGGCGGCGGCGGCGGGCUGCUGGGAAGCCGAUGCUCGCACCUCCCUCCCCCGGCCGACGCUCCCAAGGUGGCGACAGACAAGGUUGCAGGAAGGCUGAGCUCUACUCUCUCAUGGGUGAAGAACACUGUAUCGCACAGAGUCAGCCAAAUGGCCAGUCAGGUGGCAAGUCCAUCUGCCUCAUUACACACUACAUCCUCCUCUACCACUCUGUCCACACCAGCAUUAUCGCCAUCCUCACCAACACAGCUGAGUCCAGAUGACUUGGAAUUACUGGCUAAACUGGAAGAACAGAACAGACUCUUGGAGACAGAUAGCAAAUCCUUGCGAUCAGUGAAUGGCUCAAGAAGAAAUAGUGGAUCUUCUCUUGUAUCUAGUUCUUCAGCGUCUAGCAAUCUCAGCCAUCUUGAAGAAGAUUCAUGGAUCCUGUGGGGGAGGAUUGUAAAUGAAUGGGAAGAUGUACGGAAAAAGAGAGAAAAGCAAGUUAAGGAACUUGUUCGAAAAGGGAUACCUCAUCAUUUCAGAGCAAUUGUUUGGCAACUCUUGUGCAGUGCUCAAAGCAUGCCAAUUAAGGAUCAGUAUUCAGAGCUGUUGAAAAUGACUUCUCCUUGUGAGAAACUAAUAAGAAGGGACAUUGCUAGAACAUACCCUGAACAUGAUUUUUUUAAAGAAAAAGACAGCCUUGGACAGGAGGUUUUAUUUAACGUAAUGAAGGCUUACUCUUUAGUGGAUCGUGAGGUUGGAUACUGUCAAGGAAGUGCUUUUAUAGUGGGAUUACUGCUUAUGCAGAUGCCAGAAGAAGAGGCAUUUUGUGUAUUUGUUAAAUUAAUGCAAGAUUACAGACUGCGAGAACUGUUUAAACCAAGCAUGGCUGAACUGGGCCUUUGUAUGUACCAGUUUGAAUGCAUGAUACAGGAGCAGCUUCCAGAGCUUUAUGUGCACUUUCAAUCUCAGAGUUUCCACACUUCUAUGUAUGCAUCAUCAUGGUUUUUAACUAUAUUUCUUACAACUUUUCCACUACCAAUUGCAACAAGAAUAUUUGAUAUCUUUAUGUCUGAGGGUUUAGAGAUAGUAUUUCGAGUAGGUUUAGCAGUUCUUCAGAUGAACCAACCAGAGUUACUGCAACUUGACAUGGAAGGAAUGUUACAGCAUUUUCAAAAGGUCAUUCCACAUCAGUUUGACAGUGGUCCAGACAAAUUAAUCCAAGCAUCUUACCAAGUCAAAUACAAUGCAAAAAAGAUGAAAAAGUUAGAAAAAGAAUACACUACAAUAAAAACAAAAGAAAUGGAAGAACAAGUUGAAAUUAAAAGGUUACGAACUGAAAACAGACUCUUGAAACAGCGCAUUGAAACAUUAGAAAAAGAAAGUGCUUCCUUGGCAGAUAGAUUGAUACAGGGACAAGUGACAAGGGCCCAGGAGGCUGAGGAAAACUACCUCAUAAAACGGGAGCUGGCCACCAUCAAACAGCAGAGUGAUGAGGCCAUUACUAAACUGGAGCAAGCUGAGAAUACCAUCAGGGAGCUCCAGCAGCAGCAGCAAUGGCAUAAAUGCAGUUCACGAUACAGUGAAGACUUUGUGCUUCAGCUGGAAAAAGAGUUGGUCCAAGCCAGGCUGAGUGAAGCUGAGUCCCACUGUGCCCUGAAGGAGAUGCAAGAUAAAGUUCUAGAGAUGGAAAAGAGGAACAGCUCUCUACCUGAUGAAGAAAAUGUUGCUAGAUUACAAGAAGAACUGAUUGCAGUAAAAUUAAGGGAAGCAGAAGCUCUGAUGGGUCUCAAAGAACUAAGGCAGCAAGUCAAAGAUUUGGAAGAACACUGGCAGCGUCAUCUAGCUCGCACAACUGGAAGAUGGAAAGAUCCUCCCAGAAAAAAUGCAGUGAAUGAACUACAGGAUGAACUCAUGACAGUCCGAUUGAGAGAAGCAGAAACUCAGGCAGAACUAAGAGAGAUCAAACAAAGAAUGAUGGAGAUGGAAACACAGAAUCAGAUCAACAGUAACCACUUACGGAGGGCAGAACAAGAGGUUACCAGCCUACAGGGGAAAGUACAGUAUCUUUCUGCACAGAACAAAGGACUUCUUGCUCAGUUGAGUGAAGCAAAACGAAGGCAAGCAGAGAUUGAAUGCAAGAGCAAAGAAGAAGUUAUGGCAGCAAGGCUCCGUGAGGCAGACCGCAUUGCAGCUGUGGCUGAGCUCCAGCAGCAUAUUGCAGAAUUAGAAAUCCAGAGAGAAGAAGGAAAAAUUCAAGGACAGCUUAAUAAAUCUGAUUCUAACCAGUAUAUCAGAGAACUAAAAGAUCAGAUAGCAGAACUGCAUCAUGAGAUCAAAUGCCUAAAAGGCCAGAGAGAGUUCUCAGACCAACCCACUUUUGAUGGGAUUCACAUUGUCAACCAUUUCACAGGAGAUGAUGAAUCAUUUCAUUCUUCUGAUGAAGAUUUUAUAACUAACUCCAUACAGGAGACCGGGGUGAACUUUCACCUGCGUAGGAGGACUGGUCAGAUGGCUCUGGAUCCAACAGUUGUAGAAAGCAGUGACAGUGAUACUGAGGAAAGCACCCUCCAGACUGGGAGUUCAGGCAAAGCUAUCUCCAAGCAGAGAAGAACAGAGUCUUACUCUACUACUGUGUGAUCAUCACUGUGACUAGAAUUGAAGACUUUCAUAUUUCUUUAAGGGUUAAACUGUCAGAAAACUUGAAAGUGUCCAGCAAUUGGUUUGGGUAACUAUUGGAUCUUGUCUGGCCUGUAAUACAUACACACAUACUGUCUGUCUGCCUUCUCUCUUUGCCAAAUCUUGCUGAUGACAUACCAUUGCCAUAGAACAGGCUAGGAAGAAGUUGAUGGAUGACAGUUUUAACAGUAUUACUGAAUGUUCCCUGGUUCAGAAAAUACAAAUAUAGAUUUCCUUAAUGGAUACCAUUUUUGCUGUUCACAAACAUGGAAACUAUUUUCUUCAAAACAAAUUGCUCUUGUGCAAUACUACCUGCUCUGAACAAAUGUGUAUGUUUUACAUUGUUAUCCAUGUGUGAUCAAGAUGGAUGAAAACAAACCAUCUGAUCAUGACAUAUAUAACUAUCUUGUGCUUCUUGAUUACUUUUGUCUUUGUUAAAGUUAUUGGAUGCCCACAGGAGACCUAAACAGAAGCCUUUAUCUGUGUUACUUCAUAAAUGCAAAUACUGGUCACUAAAGUCAUAACAGAUUUUUUUGAUUAUUUUGACUUUAUGUGCAUCUGCUUUUGAUGUUGCUAAAUAAUACCUGGUCUGCAUAUAUUAACUACCAUGUUUAUUUUGUACAUAUUUAUAUACCUGUACCAAGCUGAAAAUGUACAUUACACAUUUUAUAUGGGGAAUGUAAAUGUUGCAAUAUGACUGUCUGGCAUUCUAGCAGGAGAAUGAAUUCUGUAUAUACACACUAGUAGUCAAUUACCAAAUAAAGGCAAAACACUAACCUUAGGUUUAAUUUCAGCCUAGCUACACUAACAGGUUCUUGUAUAACUGAAAUGCUUGUUCAGAACACUAUUGACUGAAAUCUUUUAACUUCAUAUAUAUGUAAUGCUAAUAAAUUUUUCAUGAUUUAACAAGGUGGCAGCAUUUACUGUUUAGUUGCUUCUAAGGUACAGGCCUUAGUUAUCACUCUACUCCAGAGCUAAAGUAGUCCAAAUACGGUCAAAAAUUACUCCCAACUGGCUUAGUUUGCAGUUCUAAUGAAGGCAUGCUCAGUACAAUAAAAAUACAUGCUUUGAUUUUUAGUUUUAUGUUGGGGAAUAGUUAGAAGAUAAAUACUGUCCUGUCACCAAAAGAAAAUAGGCAUCAUUCAACAGUACAAUAGGUGCUGAGCACUGCUUUCUUGAACACUGUCCUGAAGGUAGAGGUCUUUAGUUUACAUCAACAUGGCCCUAACUUCUUGAACAACACAACCUCAUCCUCUUAAUAGUUGUCAUAGGAAUACUCAUCUGAUCUCUCAGAUGCUUUCUAGAUAAGAAUAUUCCACAUAGUGGCUACUAUAGCUGCCUUGUAUAAAUAAACAAUCCUUAAAACUUGUUUACUAGUGAUAUUGCAACUGUUCUAUUAACGUAGGCAAUGCACAAGUCAGUACUGACAAAUCAGCACACACACCACUUAUUGCUUCUUGCAGGUUAGUAUCUGCUUAAAACUUCACAAGUGCUGAAGCAUACUGCUGAACAUGUUCACCAGUCCUCUUGGGCAUUCACAGCAUUUUGCUAACUUCUCAGUAUAUCUUUGGAAUAACUCCUUUAAAAAAGCCAAUAGAAUUUAAGGGGAAGAGUGGCAUUUAUAAAAGGAAUAGGGAUAGGGAAAGCUGCAUAGAAGAAGCAAGUUCUGUCAGCUGUAGUAUUUGCAUAGAUGCUAUCUAAGUCUCAAAGCAGGCAGGUGACAAAUCUAUUACCUAUCAGCAGUUCCUGGCUUGCUUCUGUUAUUGCUGCAAGAAGUCCCCAUGUUCUACUAGUGCCUAUGUAGUUCCUAGCAUAGUUGGUGGAAAUUGCCAUCUCUGAGGGUUAGCUGACAUUGGUUCUAAAACCUGUUGGAAAUUUCACAUAUAUGAAACCAAGUCAAAAGCCUUUUUGUUCACUCUCAAAUAACAGUUGCCUUAUUCCCCCCCAUGAGCAUUGUGAUAACUUCUGUUUGCACCUGGAUAAUUGUUCAAGAGGAUAGGUGACAAAUGUUAUGUUGCCUGUCAUCAAUACCAGCUGCAAGUCUCUUUUGAAAGUAAUGUUCUGUAAUAAGUAUCAAGAGCAAAAUUCAAUUGGAGAGCCAUAAAAUCCUGUGUGUUUGAACAGUGAAGUGUUAUGAUUUUGCAGUAACUGCCAUACUCCUCCAUUGAUAAGAUCAGUUAGCAAGGGUUAUUUAAUGAGCUUUUGUCUUUUUAUUUGUACUAAUAGUACAGACACUGAAUAACAGCAUAAAUAAAAAUACCAUGGAAAAAGCAAAAAGCUUUGUCCAAAUAACUGUGUCUGUUUUAGAAAUCAAGGUGAACCACUGGACGUGCUACAGUUUCAGAAGACUUGAAUUACACACAAAAUGGAAGUUAUCCUUGUAAGACAACCUAGCAGAGGCUAUGCAAAAAUCAUCCCUUUUUUUCUUAUGCAUUCUGCCAAUAAGGACACUAAUUGCUUUGCCUAUGUGUAUUAUGAUUCAAGUAUUCACCAAAAUAGAUGUUGAUUUGUCAACAGCACGGAUAGUAUAUUUAUUCAUGUAAAUAAAUAAAGCACACUAAUUCUACUACAUUGCAUGACCUUGCUUGUGUGAUCUUCUAAUAAAUGUGAUUGUUAAACUUGCUUUCUUGCUAUGUGCAGGAUUCAAAAGAUAUAUGUCAAAGUUAAAAGUGGAAGUUAAUAAAAGCAUGUAAACACAAAAGGUAGGCUGCUUAAAUUGCAGAUGUUGCAGCUGAGAAGGCAGUUAGGUAAAGAGUAAGCAGGUAAGGGGAAUGUCCUGCCAUACACAAGGUUUGGUGGUGAAAAUGUUCCUGGUUCCUCAAUCAGAUAAUUAAAUCUUUUCACUGGAAGUGGAAAGGUAACUACUCAAACUCUCCAUCAAGAGGUAAGAAAAACCUCAAUACUUAAAUUUUUUAUUCCCCCAGGCUAAGAGGAACUAAUGAAAUUUAUGGAUUAGACCUUUUUAAUGUAGGACUUUUGAUUUUAUUAAUGCUGCUAUAGUUGUGAGUCCCUCUUAUUCUGUUUAUUGUACCUCAAUAAAACUUUACUUAAAAGAAGCUUGUAACAUUUGUGAAAAAUUGAGAAAAAUGAUUAGUUGCAGGAAGGAGUACAGCUGUGAAAGCUAGAAACAUCUAUUAGUUGUUUGCUCACCUUCUCAUUCUUUGGCAAAAUACAGGCCUCACCUACAUACGCAUUAACCGAAGUACCACUUUCAGCUAAAAUUUUCAACUGUAUAUGUGAAUGCCUAUAUUAUUUUAACUGAAAUAUAUUCCCAUAAAAUAGAUCAAACAUAAGUGAGAAGCAUCCACACAGGAGUUUGCAUAAAUUUAACAAAACCACUUUGUAAAUCAUGUAAAAUUGUACUCAUUCAGUACUUGUGCCCAUUUUGUGGAACAGUGGCAAAGAAGAAAUUGCAUGUUUAAUUAAACAACUAUUUUAUAUCAGAGAA